AUGCCAUUCGGUCUGUGCAAUUCACCGCAGAUAUACCAACGGUUGAUAGACAACGCGCUGUACGAGUUUUGGAAGCUGUCCCCGACGGAGAAUACCCGCGAUGUUAUCAAAGACGGGAUCCCGUCCAAGCCUGGAACGAGGUCCGUUUUGAGUCGUCGGUCGUACAUUGAUGAUAUCCUGAUUGGGGGUACGUCGUGGGAUGAUUUGUGCAAGAAGGUGGAAUGUCUCUUGGAAGUCUGUGAAGAAUGGCAUUUAUCGAUCAGCGUGGAGAAAAGUGAAUGGGGAAUGUCGAAAGUGGAUUACCUGGGCCAUGAAGUGUCGGAAGACGGACUCGGGGCGAAGCCGAAGAGCUUAGAGACCCUUGCGACGCUGGAUUUCCCGGUCUACGCGGCCGCGCUCUACUCCCUCUCCGCCCGCGAUUUUGAAGUGCGGGUCUCGAAUCCUGAGACGCGCGAUCUGGAUAAGUGGACUCACGCGCCGGUGGUGAUCGUGUACGCGAGUGACUGGGCCGUGUCGGCCGUCCUGGCCCAAAACCAUGACGGGGUAUACCUGCCUGUCAAGUUCACCAGUCGGAUGUUGAAGCCCAACGAGUUGAACUACAGCAUCGCUGAGAAAGAAAUCCUGGCGCUAUUACACGUCCUGAAUGAAUGUCACAACAUGCUGGCGGGAAGGACGAUCUGUGUCCUAACCCGACACACGACUCUCGGGUGGAUCUUCCGCUCCGAGGGUCUCCAGGGACGACUUGCGCAAUGGGCGGCAAUCCUCUCACCGUGGAGGUUGGAGAUUCUCCGAUCCGUAAAAGGAGAGGAGGAAAUCCUGGGCACAUUGGCCGCGAGCAUCACGCUGAGGGCCUACGCCAAUGCUGCGCUAGAGGAGAUCACGCCGCGAAAACGCCCGGCAUUCAGCGCCGUGGUAUGGAAAUUGCCGAACUGGGACGUGGUUCGAGCUGCAUCGGGAUAUGUGGAAGGGCUCACCGUGUACGAGGCCGAAUACCGAGGCAUGCUGCUCGGUAUCUCGCUGUUGGACGCCCUCGACGUUGCGCGACUGAUCAUCUGCGGGGGCUCCAAUCUGGAAAUACGCCAGAUGCGGGGCGAGAUGGACUGCAAGCGAGACUGGAACGCGAGCGCGGACAUGUUGGCCGGGCAGGCUCUUCAGCGCCAAGAAGACAAUGAUGUCUAUAACGCGAGAGAGUUGGAGGAUUUGAGGACCCUGAACCGGUUGGGAGAAGUGGUGCGCCCGACGACGCACGAUGCGGAAGGCGGCGAGCACGUCUUGAAGACUGAGACGCGCGAUCCAGACGACCCCGCCUUGGAGGCCGAGACGUACGAUCCAGAUAACGCAGGACGCGGGACGAGAAGAGUUUGUCCCGUGAUCACACGCUCACGGGACGCGUCAAAUCCAGCGCCGAGGAGACAACCGGAGGUCCUGAAAGUGCUCGAGGUACAACGACUCCGUCUGGAUCGAGUCUGCACUGCGCAAGGGGAGGAAGCUUGGAUCGUCAACCUCAAGAAGUUCCUAGACGGAGACAUCAGCGAACUGUCCAGACGCGAAGCGAAGAAUUGCGCCAAGAUAGCGGAACACUUGUCGUUCCAGAGACUCAUUGAGAAGACGUAUUGCACCACUACCACGCAAGUCUGGAAGACGGGCAUCAGGGCAUCGGCAGGACGUAUCAACGGACGACAACAUUUCCAUUGGCCAGGUUUGUUCAAGAGCGUACAACGUCACAUUGGGGAAUGCGUCGACUGUAAGACGGGAAAAGGCCGUCCCACGAUCCGAGGAGAGUCGCCAGGCAACAUAGUCGCGACGUACCCGUUCCAAGUCGUGGCGAUGGACCACAUCCCGUCACUACCGGCGUCACACAAGGGCAACACGGAACUCUCGAUCUGGGUCGGCCUCUUCACGGGUUUUGUCAUCGCACAGGCAAGCGCUGAAGCGAUUCGUCACGACCGCGAGCCUGGUUACAUGUCAGACUUCUUCGGAGCCUUUAACAAGCUGAUGGGCCAGCGGCAACGUGCGACGCUCGCGUACCGUCCGCAAGCGAAUGGGGCGGCAGAACGCAUGGUGCAGACCAUUGCGAGGGCCAUCAAGAUGUACAUGGCCGACAUUGACCAACGCGAUUGGGACCAAUACGCUGAACGACUGACGUAUGCGCUUAACACGGCUCACGACCGAACGCGGGACGAAACCCCGUUUUUUCUCGUGCACGGCUGGGAUCCGCGGUCUACGUUGGAAAGAAGCGACGCUAGUCUCUGGCUGUAUCUGGAUCGAGUCAAGCCAGGGUACGCGCGGAAACUCGCGCACAUGUGGCACGGGCCGUUCCGCGUUGUGGAAUUGGUUAGCGCGUACGCUGUACGUCUAGAGACCAACGGGACUCCGUACCAGUUGUUCCCGAUCGUACACGUCUCAAAGCUGAAACCCGUCCGAGAAUUCCCGUCACGGCCUGAACUGCGGUUGACAGUGCCCGUCAAUGAACGCUUUGAUUUCGACGAGGAACUCCUUCCGGAGGACAGCUGGGAGACGCGCGAUGUGGGCGAAGAUGUGUACGAGGUGGAACAGAUCUUAGACACGCGCGAAGGACGAAUGACCCGCUAUGGACGUACGCGCCGCAAGUUCCGUGUGAAGUGGCGUGGAUAUGACGAGACGAGCUGGGUCGAUGAGUUGGACUUGAACUGCGGAGGACUCGUUUACGACUUUCUGCGACAACGCACAGGACGGAGUCGUUUCGGGGUGAUGCAGUCCCAUGAGGACGCGCCGGCCGGAGAAUGA